UAAAAGUAAAAUAAGCAGCAUUAAGACUCAAUGUUUCUUUUAUCCAUACUCAUUCAGGACUAAGACCUCAAUCCAGACGUUGUUAUAGAGACUUCUUGAAGCUAAGCUCACAUUCAUCCUCCUGCACCUUGAUGUGGAUCUGUCUCGCGCUUCAUUUGCUGAAUAAGUGGGGGGGCUCGGUAAAGUCUCCAAAAAGGAGACAACUACAAGACUUAUCUCUGUCACACAGCUUCAGGCCCGGCUAUACAACUGCUGGUUUAUCUGCUCUGACACACACCCUCUCACUGGGAAGUGUCACUCUGCCCCCCUCCAACUCCACCCCCACCUCCACCUCCUCCUCCUCCUCCUCCUCCUCCCUUUUGCUUCCUCACCUCCUUCCCUUUUCUGGAUGCCAAUAAAACAUCUAGUCAUGGAGCAGACGACAGUCACACAUCAACCCGAGCUGUCACACUCAAGAGCUCCAUCACCGGCGCUUCAAGAAGAGGAAGUGUUGUGCUCCGUCAGAGGAAGCAAACUCAACUCCACGUCGAGCAGUUCCCCCGCAGCAGCAGCAGACCCCGUGCUCACGCAGCCCGGCCUGGGCGUCACAACAACCACCAUCACCACUAUCACACAGACGGGGGGCGGCUGGAGCACGGGCCUGUUUGACGUCUGUGGAGACAUGACCACAUGUGUUCUCGGGGCUCUGGUGCCGUGCUGUUUGGAUCUGAGUUUAGCUCACCAGUAUGGGGAGUGCCUGUGCAUGCCUCUGCUGCCAGGAUCCACUUUUGCUUUAAGGGUUGGGAUCAGGGAGCGAUACAAGAUCAGAGGCAGUGUGUGUGAGGACUGGACCACGGUGUGUUGCUGUUACCCUCUGGCUGUGUGUCAGAUGAUUAGAGAGAUGAAGCGCCGGAUGAAGACGCAGACAUACCAUGUGUCCACUGCCCUCGAAUGCUCCUGAAGAGACUCUUGACAGUAAAUAAGGUCUGUCCUCUCUCCUCACGAUGGAGCAGAGACGGGUGAAGGCCGGCUGAGAUGACUGGUGUGUGAAUUGCUCUGAGAAUCAAUACUUUAGGGUUUGAACUCGCUUUGAAGUUCCCCUGAGGAUGUCUUUGCACAUAAUGAAGCUUCUCCUUCUGCUACCAUGUAAGACUGCAAAGACUAGGCUUUGAUUAAGAUGUUGUGAAGUGUGUUUAUUAACGCUGCUGAUGGACCUCUGAUUCACUAUGAAUAAAAAUGAUGUCUGAUUUUGAA